UCUUGGUGUAGUUCUGUGUUGAGAAGCAUCGGCAGUGGUUGGACGAUCUCAGCAGGAUCGAGGAACCAUCGAUCAAGAACAUGGAACCACUUAACCUGGAGGCACUAGCAGUCCAAGCAAUAUGCACCUACAUGUCGCAAAUGUGUCUUCGCCUUGUUAAGCUUGCACAUCGAGCAUCAGACGGGGAAGUGGACGUCAGCCAGCGUGACAGAUUCCCUGUCCCCACGAGAAGGAAACACGCGCAACAUAUCUCCAGUGCCAGCGAAGCCGAAGUGACGGCAAUUUGCUGCGGGCUGAAACAGGUGCUACAGACCGACAUCCCUCCCUGCUUUGCUGAUUAUGUGACAUCAGAGAUUCUCAGACACGUGGAUGAUAUGCACACGCAACUCAUGGAAUAUACAGAAAUUCCAGAGGGGCACCUAACAGUGUUGCGAAACUUUGCUGCUGCCAUUUUGCAUCCUUGUGUCGAAACACUUGACCUCUCGUUCAAUUGGAAACACAUUGCAGACUAUGUGAUUUGUGAGUUGCAAUGUGUUCCAAACCUCCGAACGCUCAAAUUCAGUUCCCAUAAAGUGGCUGAGGACUCUAAUAAUAAGAGUCCCAUUUUGUCCUACAAGUAUAACGGCUUGUUUAUGAAUGUAGAUCACGUGAGGACAGGCAGGUGCCUGUCUCGUUUAGAGCAUUUAACUUUUGAGUUUGAAUGCAGCGAUAAAAUGCUGCAGGGCUUGAGUGAGACAUGCUCUCAGCUGAAAACUUUGGACAUCAAUGGCUCUUACAGAGUUACCGACGCCAGCGUCGAAUACAUAAAGAAGUUUACACAUCUAAAGAUUCUAAACUUGAAAAGGACGAAAAUUAAACGUGAAGCUCAAAGAAAUAUUCUGAGUCACUUAUACGAAAACAAGCCUUGCCAACUGGAGCUGUAUGGUUGUACUGACAUAGACCCCUGUCACCUGGACACACUGGUCCAACUGAUUCCAAACAUCCAGGAGCUGAGAUCUGCCUUUGUUAAGCACGAGAACUCAGCCCGGGUUUCUGGCUGCUUUCACAAUUUGAAGAUAUUGCGUAUUGACCAUUGUAGUCUAUAUUCUUUGCUUAAACAUCUCUCAAAAUGUUUCCCACAUUUGCAAGAACUACAAAUCACCGGAGAUAACAUGAUACUUUCAAAAAUGCAGAAGAAUUUUCCAAAACUCAAUAAACUUUUCCUGAGAACAUGUGACUUACCAAUUGAUCUCAGUUUUCAUAACACCUCUCUAGAGCAUCUCACCCUUAUCACGUGUGGUUCUGAGUACAGAGCAGAAACCCUGAUAUCACGAUGUCACCAUCUGAAGACACUUGAAAUCAUUGCAAGCAGCAGUUUUUAUGCUAGUAAGGAACACGUUCUCUUUCAAAUGCCCAACUUGAAAGAAGUGUCAUUAGGAGCGGUAGGAGGGCAUAUACCACCUGAAAUUGUUGCCUUGCUUUCUGAACGCUGUAAAACAACAGUCUUGCUGGAAGACCCAAAAUUGUCCUCACUCUAUGAGGGCUGUCCUGGGGUGAGAGUAGAUACUGACCGGUGGCUUGAGUUAACUGAGCCCACUCUGUCCGAUGCUGUGAUGCAUAGUCGUUGGGGAACCUGCCACUCAGAGUUGUUCAACCCCACAAAAAGAUGCAAAUACUCUGCUUACAUGCCACCAUUUGACGAAAGUGAUAUAGUUUCCUGGGAAAAGCAAUACAAGAGACGGAGACUUGAUAUACUUUUGCUGUGGAAGGCGAGACAAGGGACCGAGAGUUGCCCUAGUUGCCUUAAGUAGGCGGAGGGGAUGGGGAUGUGUUUGGUAAGGAUUUAAAUAGAAGCGAUGUAUUUGGACAUAGAAUGGUUUCUGUAAUAUGGGCGUGGAAUUUUACUUUAGGGAUUCAGGUCAAUUGGUCCUAUCUCUUCUUCAUGCGCAGAUUAAACAUUUUCUGUUUGUUUUUUUUUUCUUUCAAUUUUGUUAUCCCACUCAUUUCAGGUUAUAGAAUAUAAAUGUGUAUUUACAAUAUGGUAAACGAACCAUUUAAUUCACGUUCAAGUAACUGGGUCUAAGUUCCGAUAUAUAGCGUCACACAUGUAACAGGUAUUCAUGACAGGUAUGCAAUUGGUUGUUAAUGAAUUUGAGGCAUUGGCGCAUAACAGAAGUAAAGUGAGAGAACUGAACUCCCCAGAUAUGGACCCCCGUGCAAAAUGGAAGCAGUAAAUGAUUCAUGUAAACUACCAUAGGAAACCCUCUCUCACGAGCUUCAUUCCAGCACUGAAAGAAGCAGGGGACUCUACAGGUUACUUUUAUAACAAGUUUCAGUGUUACAUAACAAACUUUCACGGUCCUUGGACUAUUUGUUUUCACACUCUGCUAGCUCAUAUUUAUUGUGGGACAUCUUUCUCAUUGUGAAACAUCAAAUCACAGGCAUGCUCAAGCGGUUAAUCGCCGGGUUGCCAACGCGGUGACCUAGGUUCGACUCAAAUUCAGAUCAUGCAGGAUUUGUGGUCGAGAGAGAAAUAUUGCUAUGAUUUUUUCAGAAUAUUUCGUUUUCCCCCACCAGAUCCCAUUACACAAGCAGCUCUACAUUUAUUUAUCAUCGCGUCUGUUAUAUAUAGACUCCAUACAGACAGGGUGGUUACGGAAACAGCUUAAAUCAUACAUCAGGACUGAAAGUCACUUCCAGCAACCCUUACAGCAUUUUAUGACUGCCCCUUCCAA